ACCUGUGGCACCCAUAUGGAAACCAGGAGCCCAGCUCCCAGAAAGCAGCUGUGCCCCUCUGGGAUUGCAGUGCUGGCUUUCCUGUCUCUCCUUAGCUGCCUACUCCCCUCCAGUGAGGCCAAGGUCUACAGUCGCUGUGAGCUGGCCAGAGUGCUCCAGAACUUUGGUCUGGAUGGCUUUCGGGGAUACGACUUGGCUGACUGGGUCUGCCUUGCUUAUUUCACAAGUGGUUUCAACACGGCUGCUGUGGAUCAUGAAGCUGAUGGCAGCACCAACAAUGGCCUCUUCCAGAUCAGCAGCCGGAGGUGGUGCAAAAACCUCACCCCAAAUGCCAUCAACAUCUGCCGGAUGUACUGCACUGACUUGUUGAACCCUAAUCUCAAGGACACUGUUAUCUGUGCCAUGAAGAUAGCCCAAGAGCCUCAAGGCCUAGGCUAUUGGGAGGCCUGGAGGCAUCACUGCCAGGGCAAGGAUCUUCGAGACUGGGUUGAUGGCUGCGACUUCUAG